AUGUAUGCCUACACUGUCAUCGCUUUCCUGGCCGCCUCCGUCGCCGCCGCCGGCAACGGUCCCUCUAUCUCCGGCCUCACCGUUCAGCAGGCUGCCAACUCUUGUGCCAACGGCCAGAGCGUUUACUGCUGUAACAAGACCACCAACAAGCCUGCUGGCAACUCCGUUGGCGACGGCGCCGGCAUUGCCAACGGUCUCAGCCUCUUCAGCCAGUGCUCCAAGCUCGACGUCAAUGUCAUCGCCAUUGCCAACAACCUCCUCAACAAGGAGUGCCAGGCCAAUGCUGCUUGCUGCCAGGACAGCCCCGGAACCGCCGCUGGUGGUCUCGUCAACGCCGCUCUUCCUUGCGUUGCUAUCAGCAACCUUGUCUAA